UGGGCGAGCUGCCCACGACGCGCGGAGACCGCGGUGGGUCUUGGGAAGCCGAGCCGCGGCAGGCCCUGGCUUGGUUCGCGUCCGUCUCUGAGGCUCCGGAAGGCGCAGUUUGCUGGGCGCCGGCGCGGAGUCACUGCUCGCAGAGCCAAGAGCCGAGCGCCUGGCCUGCGCGGGCCGAGCCCUGCCGUCCGCAUUUUCUGCUUUCCGCGGGCCCUGCCGGGAGCCAUGUCUUGGGGGUCAGUGACAUUCAGCGAUGUGGCCAUAGACUUCUCCCAGGAGGAGUGGGAAUGGCUUCAGCCUGCUCAAAGGGAUUUGUACAGACAUGUAAUGUUGGAGAACUAUGGCCACCUGGUCUCACUGGGUCUUAACAUUUCGAAGCCAGAUGUGGUUUCCUUAUUGGAGCAAGGGAAAGAGCCCUGGCUGGGGAAAGGAGAUGUGAACAGAGACCUGUUUUCAGCUUCAGAGUCAAAUGGUGAGGUCAAAGAAUUUUCUCAAAAAAGUAUCAUAUAUGAAGAUGACUCAUUCCAGUAUUUGAUGGUGGAAAGGUUUCUAAGCCAAGGUUCUGAGUGUUCCAGUUUUAAAGAAGGCUGGAAACGUGUGGGUGGUACUGAGAUACUGCAGGGAAACCCGGGAUGUAUCAGGCAAGUGACAGUUUCCCAUCAGGAAGCCCUGUCCCAACAUCUGAGUGUCAGUACUGUGGAGAGACCCUAUGGAUGCCAUGAAUGUGGAAAGACUUUCAGUCGGCGCUUUUCCCUUGUGUUACAUCAGAGGACUCACACUGGAGAGAAACCCUAUGUGUGUAAAGAAUGUGGCAAAACCUUCAGCCAGAUCUCAAAUCUUGUGAAACAUCAGAUGAUACAUACUGGAAAGAAACCACAUGAGUGUAAAGACUGUAAUAAAACAUUUAGUUACCUUUCAUUCCUCAUUGAACACCAGAGAACACAUACUGGGGAGAAACCCUACGGAUGUACCGAAUGUGGAAAGGCCUUUAGCCGUGCCUCUAACCUCACGCGACAUCAGAGAAUUCACAUAGGAAAGAAACUGUAUGUAUGUAGGAAAUGUGGGAAGGCCUUCAGCAGUGGCUCUGAACUCCUUCGCCAUCAGAUUACACACACUGGAGAGAAACCUUAUGAAUGCAUUGAGUGUGGGAAGGCAUUUCGCCGUUCUUCACACCUUACCCGGCAUCAGAGUGUCCAUACCUCCAAAACCCCCUAUGAAUGCAACGAAUGCAGUAAAGCCUUCCGUUGCCAUUCAUUCCUCCUUAAACAUCAGAGAAUUCAUGCUGGAGAAAAGCUCUAUGAAUGUGAUGAAUGUGGUAAAGUUUUCGCAUGGCAUGCAUCCCUUGCACAACAUAUGAAAAUCCAUACUGGAGAAAAACCCUAUGCAUGUACUGAAUGUGACAAAACCUUCAGUCGGAGCUUCUCCCUCAUUCUACACCAGAUAACUCAUACUGGGGAGAAACCCUAUGUAUGUAAAGUAUGCAAUAAAUCCUUCAGCUGGAGCUCAAACCUUGCUAAACAUCAGAGGACACACACUCUACAUAACCCCUUUGAGUAUGGAAAUUCGUUUAACUACCACUCAUUCCUUACUGAACACCAGGAAAUUCACACCAUAGUCAAAACCUAAGAAUGUAUGGAUUGAUAAACAAAAGCAGCUAAUGCCUUACUUUGAUUGCAGAGAACUCUUGGAAAGAAGCCUUAUAUGAAUGUGUUGAAUGUGACUAAAUGUGGUCUCUAUUCAACGUCCUGGAGAAAAACCCCAGGAAUAUGUGGGAAAGCCAUUAAUAGCUGCUCACUCUCUUUGUAAAAUCAGAAGACAAAAUCAGUCUAUAUUGAGAUUUUUCAUGUGGUAGGAUUCCCUAGACCUACAUUUGUAAAUUCCUACCAGGAAAGUACACAUGUCCAGUAAAUGUGAGAAACUUUUUAAAGAGGUGAGGUCAUAUUCUGCCCCUGUCAGCUCAAGCAGGACAGAAUGCAUGGGUGAGGGUGUACUUUUUCCUGGACAUCAGAAAAUUCAUAAUGAAGGAAAAUCAUACACAAUGAUUUAGGAAUGCCUUCAUGUACCAUGUAAUACUUACUAAAUUGUAAAUACUUUUCUAAGGAGAAAAAGCACCCUCUAAAAGAACCUAACAUAGAGUGACUGCAGUAUUUCAGACCUACAGAAUUAUCCUGAGAAAACCACCAUUGUAACGACUGGGCAGAACCUUAGAACUCCAGGAAGUUACACUGAGAGAGUGAGCCGGGAAGGGAGUUUUUUUUUUUUGGGGGGGGGGUGAUUGUUUUGGCUUUGUUUUUUAAAAGCAAAUUCAGAAAAGCUAUAAAUAAACCUUUUGAUUCAUGGUAAA